AGAUGCUCCUGUAGUCUAUCAACCGAAGAGCGCGCGAAGCUGGAGGCAACGAAGAGGAUGUGUGCGUCUCCUCAAAUGGGCUUGAUUGCGUGUUUGCGAAUGUUUUGAACGAGGGUGGAUUUCUUACACUUUAAAACAUCCAAGAUCACACCUUCUACUGAGCGGAAUGCUUACGAGUCCCGGUAAUUCUAAUGGAAUUAUGUUGACAAUUCUGUAAUAUAAUUUAUUUUGCAAAUAUCUUUGAUCGCGACCAGAGAGGAAGACACUAUUAGCUUGCUCUAAUUAUAACGUUGUUACUUUAGGCUCCUUAUUCAGUAUAGGCUACUUCUGUUAACUGGAAUACACAAAGGAACAAGGUGGAAUAGUUUUUCUUCGUCCUAUGUCUGUUCUGCAACCCACAGAAGACCUGCUGUUGUAGGCCUAUGUGUUUCAAGUAAUGGAAGAGAGGUGUUUCAUUUUUUGACAAUCAAAUGUCAUAGUCAAAACGUACAGGACUGAGAGGGUGAGUGAGAUUGCCUAGCAGUAGCAGCAAUGUCUCAACUGUACUACCGGAGGACAGACAACUCCUCCUAUAGGGACCGGAUCCCUCUGCGGAUUGUCAGGGCCGAGUCUGAACUGUCUGGCCUGGAGAAGAACUACCUGGGAGCAGUGGAGAAAGGAGACUACGCCUCAGUCAAACAGGCUCUAGAGGAAGCAGAGAUAUACUUCCGGAUCAACAUUAACUGUAUAGACCCUUUGGGCCGCACAGCUCUGCUGAUCGCUAUAGAGAAUGAGAACCUGGAGAUUAUAGAGCUGCUGCUCACCUAUAACGUGUACGUCGGUGACGCUCUCCUACACGCCAUCCGUAAAGAGGUGGUGGGGGCUGUGGAACUGCUGCUCAACCACAAGAAGCCCAGCGGGGAGAAACAGGUUCCUCCCAUCCUAUUGGACAAGCAGUUCUCUGACUUCACUCCUGACAUCACACCCAUCAUUCUAGCAGCUCACACCAACAACUAUGAGAUCAUCAAACUGCUGGUGCAGAAGGGGGUGUCUGUGCCCCAGCCACAUGAGGUGCGCUGUAACUGCAUGGAGUGCGUGUCCAGCUCUGAUGUGGAUAGUCUUCGUCACUCCCGCUCACGUCUCAACAUCUACAAGGCCCUGGCCAGCCCAUCACUACUGGCCCUCUCCAGUGAAGACCCUUUCCUCACAGCUUUCCAGCUCUCCUGGGAACUACAAGAACUCAGCAAGGUGGAGAAUGAGUUUAUGUCGGAGUAUGAGGAGCUAUCUCAGCAGUGUAAACAGUUUGCCAAGGACCUGUUGGACCAAACCAGGAGCUCCAGAGAACUAGAGCUGAUCCUGAACUACAGAGACGACAUCAACCCUCUACUGGAUGAGAACACCAAUGACCUGGCCAGACUCAAACUGGCUAUCAAAUACACACAGAAAGAGUUUGUAGCCCAGCCCAACUGUCAGCAGCUGCUUGCGUCUCGUUGGUACGAUGAGUUCCCUGGGUGGAGGCGUCGUCACUGGGCAGGGAAGUUCCUAACCUGUGUCUUCAUCGGCCUCCUCUUCCCCCUCUUCUCCCUCUGCUACCUGGUAUCUCCUAAGAGCCGCUAUGGACACUUCAUCAGGCAACCCUUCAUCAAGUUUAUCUGCCACACAACGUCAUAUCUCACCUUCCUGUUCCUGCUGCUGCUGGCCUCCCAGCACAUCGUCUCUACAGACCCUAACAGACAGGGGCCGACUCCUACUGUGGUGGAAUGGAUGAUACUGCCCUGGGUACUGGGCUUCAUCUGGACAGAGAUUAAACAGAUGUGGGAUGGAGGAUUCCAGGACUAUAUCCAUGACUGGUGGAACCUCAUGGACUUUGUUAUGAACGCUCUGUACCUGGCUACCAUUUCUCUGAAGAUCGUUGCCUAUGUCAAGUACAGUGGCUUCAGGGCCAGGAACGAAUGGCAGAUGUGGCAUCCUACCUUGGUAGCAGAGGCUGUGUUUGCCAUCGCUAACAUCUUCAGCUCCCUCCGCCUCAUCUCUCUGUUUACAGCUAACUCCCACCUGGGACCUCUACAGAUCUCUCUGGGCAGGAUGCUGCUGGACAUCCUUAAGUUCCUGUUUAUCUACUGCCUGGUGCUCCUGGCCUUCGCUAACGGGCUCAACCAGCUCUACUUCUACUACGAGACAGACGAGGGACUGAAGGGAUGCAAGGGCAUCCGCUGCGAAACACAGAACAACGCUUUCUCAACGUUGUUUGAGACACUCCAGUCUUUGUUCUGGUCUGUCUUUGGGUUGAUCAGUCUGUAUGUGACCAACGUGGAGGCAGACCACCAGUUCACAGAGUUUGUAGGGGCCACCAUGUUCGGAACCUAUAACGUCAUCUCUCUGGUGGUUCUACUCAAUAUGCUGAUCGCCAUGAUGAACAACUCCUACCAACACAUCGCUGAUCAUGCAGACAUUGAGUGGAAGUUUGCAAGAACCAAGUUGUGGAUGAGUUACUUUGAAGAGGGAGGGACUCUGCCUUCUCCAUUCAACAUCAUCCCUAGCCCCAAGUCAAUCUGGUACUUCAUCUGCUGGAUCAGGAAACACAUCUUCAAGAUCACCAGGGCCAAGAAAACAGAAACAUUUGGAACCAUAGGGAGACGGGCUGCUAUAAACGUAAGAAUAAACCACCAGUAUCAGGAGGUUUUGAGGAACCUGGUGAAGAGAUAUGUAGCAGCCAUGAUCAGAGAUGCCAAGACAGAAGAAGGAUUGACUGAGGAGAACUUUAAGGAGCUGAAGCAGGACAUCUCCAGCUUUAGGUAUGAGGUCCUAGGGAUGAUGAAGGGGAAGGUGGGGCCUGGGGGUGGGGGCAUGGCUAUAGCAGGAAGUAAACCCAGUGAAGGGGCAGGGGCCUCCAGUCUGGUCUACCCUGACCACUCCUUCAAGUACUCCCCCAAGUUCCCCCCGGCCACGCUUAAGACCAACAUGUUUCACGUCACCACAUCCAUGCUCCAGCAGAGGGCAGCCCCUUCCUCCACCUCCUCGUCCACAUCCCCUUCCCCCUCUCAGGGCUUGAACCGACUGGUCAACGGCUCUGUGGUACCCUCUUGGACCUCCACUGACACCUCCUCCAUCACCACCUCUUCCACUUCCAUCUCCUCUCCCUCCUCCACUCCCUCCAUCAAAGACGGACUGGCCAGGAAAGACAUCUGUGACUUUGAGCUCUACUCUGUGUCUGAGGAGAUGGGGGAGGCUGACCUGGAGGAGCUGGACUGUGAUGGAGAGAAGGAGGAGCAGGGUGGAGCGAGGGAGAGGACGUGUACAGAGAAGGAAGAAAAUGAAGAGAGGGGAGAGUGAAGAGAGAAGGGUCCAUGUUAAAGUAGACUGUUGAGGAUGAGACUGCUACGUAGAAGGACUAUAGAGUGAAUACUGUUCAAAAGACCACAAGCGAUUUGAAUGUAUCAUUAUGAUACGUCUUCAUGGAGGCCUGUGUAGUAACUUGUCUUGCGACUCCAGAACCAAUUCAGCUCUCAGACUAAUAUAUUCUGGUCUAGAACGUAUAAGCCGGAGACCUGGAGACUAGAAGUCUGUUUCUUGGUUUGUGUACCAAAUAGCGCCCUAUUCUCUAUAUAGUGUACUACAUUUGACUAGGGGACAUAGGGCUCUGGAACCAGGGGACAUAGGGCUCUGGAACCAGGGGACAUAGGGCUCUGGAACCAGGGGACAUAGGGCUCUGGAACCAGGGGACAUAGGGCUCUGGAACCAGGGGACAUAGGGCUCUGGAACCAGGGGACAUAGGGCUCUGGAACCAGGGGACAUAGGGCUCUGGAACCAGGGGAAAUAGGGCUCUGGAACCAGGGGACAUAGGGCUCUGGAACCAGGGGACAUAGGGCUCUGGAACCAGGGGACAUAGGGCUCUGGAACCAGGGGACAUAGGGCUCUGGAACCAGGGGACAUAGGGCUCUGGAACCAGGGGACAUAGGGCUCUGGAACCAGGGAACAUAGGGUGUCAUAUGGAUCAAGCAUAUACUGUAAGACGUCAUUCUCCGACCAGGAUGUCUGGAAAACCUGUGAAUUUGGGGAAAGUUACCUGAGUUUUGUAUCCCUAGACGUGAUAGAACUAUCCGUAUUUUAUUAACAGGCCCUGUCUCUGCUGCUUCCUCCAGUCAGCCCCCUGCUAUUUCACAAUGAUCCCUUGUCAUAAUGCAUAACGGAAAACCCUAAUGAUUCUUACAGGUAGAUCUGUACAAUGUCACACCAUGGCGAAUUAUUCCAAACUAGUUUGAAUGAUGCUGUCUAGUCUAUCAUCUCGGGUAUGUUCCAAAUGGCACCCUAUUUCCUAUAUAGUGCACUACUUUUGACCAAGUCAAAUUAAUUCAUUGUGUAAUCCAAGGCAUUAUCGCUGGGAUAGGAGGUAACAACAGGGACUGUGCUAUUUUUAAAAGUGUUUUCAAAAGUAUGUUGUUUAUUAGGUGUUAAGCCUGUGAUAAAAGAUGUUUAAAAUUAUUUAAAGACAAAAAAGUGAUUGUAAUUGUGUUAAAGUUAGAUAUCCGUAAAAAGGUAGUGGUAAUAUUUAAUUCAGUACAGACAUUUGAAGCCUGCUUAACUUACCCUGUCCCACAGUUCAUAUCAUCCCAUACCCGGUGUCAGUUGUGCCAAGAGACUACUCGUUUUGGACAAGCUAUGUUUUCAAAGGUGUAAUGUUUACAUGAAUUCUGAUUAUUUCCAUGGAUACACAACAUCCUGAAAUAUAUGUAGAUAUCUUUGUUAGAAAUAAUACUAUAUUUCCCUUUACAGAGUGAUACAGAAUGGAAAAAAUGGCUCAACUUACCCAACUCUCCCCUACAACUGAAUGUUGACAUAGCUGAGCUUGUGACAUACAAUUCAUUAGCUUUUUGUGAGGAAUUCCCCACGUUCUUACCAUAUGAUGCUAUACUCAGUACUGUCAGUAACACUGCACACAAACUCAGCUCCCAGCAUCACAUUGUUAACCUUAAAGGGCAAUCUGAGAUUGAUACAGCCAUUUGUGCAUAUUUUGGGGGGCUUUCUAUAGCUCUGUUUAUGAAUUUGAGAGUGUUUUCUUCUUUAGGCCCAUCCCUCAGCGGUUACCAAUACAAGUGGUGGAGUUACCACUUUGUUGUUAUCAGGUCAGGAUGAGACCCGGAUGAUGACACGUGAGGCAGAUGGUUCAAGUCUCAGAGAUUUAUUGAAUAUACAAAAGGCAGGUCGAGGACAGGCAGGGGUUCGUUAUCCUGGUAAUAGUUGGCAGACGUAGACAGUAGGCAGGCUCAGGGUCAAGAUAGGCAAAACAGGUCGUAACCGGGGAGACUAGAACAACAACAAGAAAGAGGAACGGGACAAGGCAAACUGGCAACAGUCAAACAGAAAACGCAGGUAUAAAUACACAGGGGAUGUAUGGGAGACACCUGGUGGGAGACACAAGACAAGGUGAAACAGAUCAGGGUGUGACAGUUGUUUUUCGAAUCCUAGAUUUGCCCUUCAAGGUAAGAUACUGGGACUCUCAGCAUCCCAUUAUUAACCUUAAAGACAUACUACUACUGCAUUCACAUGUGAAGUAUUGCAUUGUAUUCUGCUAUUCUGAUUAUGCAUAUUGAUUAGACAUGUAUACAUUCUGACGGAGUGCUAAUGUUGUGUUUUAUUUUUGGCAUUCAUUCAGGCUCCAGAGGGCUAUACAACAUGAAUCAAUAAACAUAAUAUGUUUUUAACAUAAA